AUGGUGAAGGAGAGAACCCACAUAAACGUGGUUAUCAUAGGCCAUGUUGACAGCGGAAAAUCAACCACCACUGGUCACCUGGUCUACAAAUGCGGUGGUGUCGACCCAAGAACAAUCGAGAAGUUUGAGAAGGCUGCAGCCCAGGUAAGGAACAAUUUGCAAGCAAACUAAUUGGAGGAACAUUUACAUGUAUUAAGCAACUACAAUUGUAGCUAAUUUAAAUUCUCUCAUCCUACAGAUGGGCAAGAGCUCUUUCAAAUAUGCCUGGGUGUUAGACAAACUGAAAGCUGAGCGGGAGCGAGGAAUUACCAUUGACAUUUCAUUGUUGAAAUUCAACACGCACAAAUACACUAUCACAAUAAUUGAUGCUCCAGGCCAUCGUGACUUCAUCAAGAACAUGAUCACAGGGACAUCACAGGUAAAGCUGCAGCUUGUAGCCUAUCUGCGUGGGGGAUUUGCGCAGGCCAAUGUGUAUUACUGGUCUUGGUGGUAACCUAAUCUUAUGCUUUUGUUCACCCUUCAUUUCAGGCUGAUGUUGCCCUCCUGGUGGUGUCUUCUGCCAAAGGGGAGUUUGAGGCUGGUAUCUCCAGGAAUGGCCAGACCAGGGAGCAUGCCUUGCUCGCCUACACGCUCGGUGUCAAGCAAAUCAUUGUCGCCGUGAACAAGAUGGACGUGACUGAGCCACCAUACAGCCAGAAGCGCUUUGGUGAAGUGGUCCAAAGCGUGAGCACUUUCCUCAAAAGAAUCGGCUACGAUCCCACUGCUGUGCCAUUUGUUCCCAUCUCUGGCUGGACCGGGGAGAACAUGCUUGCCCCAUCUCAGAAAGUGAGUUUUUUGAUAGCAUUGAUCAACAUUUAAGUAUAAUUUUUAUCCACCUGCGACACAUGAGAACCCUCUUCUGCUGUGUAGAUGUCCUGGUUCAAAGAAUCGAAAGUCAAGAGCGGGCCAGGCCAUGUAAACGGGAGAACUCUACUUGAAGUCCUGGACUCCAUCCAUCCACCAGUGCGCAUUGCCAACAAGCCUCUGAGGCUGCCCCUGCAGGAUGUAUACAAGAUCGGAGGUGAGUGGUGGCUCAUGAUGCCUACAUGUAUCAAAUUGUGAGUAGUUGUAUUGACUGUCUUCCCUCUGUGCUGCAGGAGUGGGCACGGUUCCAGUGGGGAAGAUCGAGACAGGGAUUCUGAAGCCCGGCAUGAUCCUGAUGUUCUCCCCCGCCAAGCUGACUGCGGAGGUAAAGUCCAUUGAGAUGCACCACCAGGGUCUGCAGACGGCCGGGCCUGGCCACAACGUGGGCUUUAACAUCAAGAACGUGUCUGUAAAGAACCUUCGCCGUGGAGAUGUGGCUGGCAAUGCCCAGCAUGACCCUCCCUCUGAUGUCAACAGCUUUGUGGCACAGGUACACAUGGCAAUGUCAAAUCUGAACAUGGCAAUUUAGUAUUGCAUGUGAUUGUCCCAUUACCUAGUACCAUAUUUUCUAAUGGACUGAUGGUUUGUCAAACCAGACACCCUUCCCUGUUCUAGGAUGUGAAUCUGUUCCCUACUAAUGCAGACUACUUUGCUUGUUCUGUAGCCUAGUACUGUUUCACUGACAUCUUUGCAUCUUCCCACAGCUCAUAAUCCUGAACCAUCCUGGCAAAAUCAAGACUGGCUACUCUCCCGUGCUUGACUGCCACACCACCCAUGUGACCUGCCGCUUUGCAGAGCUGCGGGAGAAGAUUGACCGUCGCACAGGGAAGAAGCUGGAGGAUUUUCCCCAGACCCUGCAGUCUGGUGACGCUGCCACUGUCAAGAUGAGCCCCAACAGACCACUCUGUGUGGAGAGCUUCUUCACCUACCCUCCUUUAGGUACACUUCCCUCAAUAUUUUCAGGGUAACAUCACUGGUAGUGGGCAUGGAACAUUUGGAACUGGUAGUGUAACAUUUUCUAGAGCAAUGUUUUACUAGCGCAUGGCUUUCUAUCCCAUCAAGUGUUGAUUUGAUUCUGCAUCAUGUGUGUUUUGAUAAAGGACUGCUUGUUCACAAGAUGUGCCUUAUCUAAACAAUGGCUGACUGUUUUUACAAUGACAGUAAUUUGUUCUCCACGUGUUCCUUCCCUCUUCAGGUCGGUUUGCAGCGAGGGACUUGAAACAGACUGUUGCUGUGGGAGUCAUUAAGUCGGUGGAUAAGGACCAUGGAUCAAAGAAGCAUGCACAAAGGCCAAGUCUCAAAAUGAAUUAA